AUGUCUGAUAUGCAAGCCGCACUCCAAAAAGCGCGGCACAAACUGCACAACAGCGACAAACCCUGGACAACAUCCCCAAGUCUGACCCCCACACCCUCCCCAUCCGCGCGCUCCACCAACCCCAUUUCACCCACGCACUCGUCCAUCCUCCCAAGAAUCGACAUAUCCCCCUUCCUGCACCCCUGCUCCUCAGCCUCCUCGCGCCUGCAAACAGCGCAAGCCAUCAACGCCGCAUGCACAACCUACGGCUUCUUCUACCUCACCGGCCACGGAAUCCCACAGCACCAACUGGACUCGGUCAUCUCCCUCGCGCGGCAAUUCUUUGCCUUGCCUCUAGCCGAAAAACUCAAGAUUGAGAGAUUCGACGCGGGGACUCCACAGGGCGGCGACGGCGCACGCGGGUACCAGCGCCUCUGCACCGAUGAUGACGGUGGCGGAUUACAGGAUCUACAGGAAGCUGUGGAUUUCUAUGCCGAGUGGCCUGAGGACUUGCGCGAGGAGGGGGAUGCAGGACCUGGCAGCGUGAAGAGUCUCCAAGGAAGGAAUUUGUGGCCGGGUGAGCCGGGGGAGUUGAGGCGAGUGUAUGAGGAGUAUAUCAAGAGGGUGAGUGAGGUUGGUGAGGCGUUGGUGCGGGCGAUGGGGGAGGCGUUGGAGUUGGAAGGGGAGGGGGAGAAGGGGGUUAUUGAGGGGGCGUGUAAAGCGUCUUUUUGGGUGCUUAGGAUGAUUGGGUAUCCGCCUUUGCCUUCCUCGUCUGCUUCUUCUUUUUCUUCUUCUUCUGGGACGCAGGAGAUGAGUGGGGAGGAGGGGGAAGAAGAAGAACAACAACAACAACAGUUUUCAUGUGGCGCACACACGGAUUACGGCUGUGUUACUCUUCUUCUCUCAGACGACACACCCAAUGCACUGCAAAUUCAGCUUAAAGACGGCACGUGGCUUAAUGCCGAUCCGGUCCCCGGCGCGUUUGUAGUUAACAUUGGGGAUAUGAUUGAGCGGUGGACGAAUGGACUGUGGAAGAGUACUCUGCACCGCGUUAUCCAUCGAACGGGGGAUCGAUAUCGCAUUAGUGUUCCAUUCUUCUACGAGCCGAAUUUCUACGCCCAAGUUGCGCCGUUGGAGACGUGUGUGAAGAGGACGGGGGGCACACGGGUAUAUGAGAGUAGUGUGUAUGGAGAGCAUUUGUUGACGAAGGUGUUUAGUAAUUUUUAUUAUAGUAAGAGGACAGAUUGGUAA